UUUCAAUCUUUUUUUCUAACUUGAAGGAAACCUCGAUUUGCUCGUGGUUUCCAUACGAUACAUAUAUAAAGAAAGUUGUAAAUUUUAACAAAACUAGAUAAAUUAAGAAUAUUUUCCAAUAGAAUAUUUAGGUUGGCAAAUAAGAAGUAGUGUGUGGUGAAUACUAAGAAAAAAAGGGAAUAAUAUAUUAAGUGUGUUUUCUUAAGUGUUACCGGUGUUUGCAACAGCAGAGCAAAAGCAGUAGAAAAAUAAAAUGCCUUCCAGCGAUCCACUGCCGCCCAAGGAGAGUGCUCUCUUUAGGAAGUUAAUGAAAUGCUAUGAAAUGAAACAAUAUAAGAACGGGCUAAAGCUAGCCAAACAAAUCUUGUCGAAUCCCAAGUAUACGGAACAUGGUGAAACGCUGGCCAUGAAAGGUUUAACUCUGAAUGGUUUGGGACGUCGUGAAGAAGCCUAUAAAUAUGUGAGACUUGGAUUGCGCAAUGAUUUAGGCUCGCACGUCUGUUGGCAUGUUUACGGUUUGUUGCAGCGCAGUGAUAAAAAGUACGAUGAAGCAAUUAAAUGCUAUCGGAAUGCCUUAAAAUGCGAGAAGGAUAAUUUACAAAUAUUAAAGGAUCUGUCACUGCUGCAAAUACAAAUGCGCGAUUUGGAAGGUUAUAAAGAAACUCGUCACCAUUUGUUUAAAUUGCGGCCUUCGCAGCACGCGUCAUGGAUAGGUUUCGCUAUGAGCUAUCACCUAUUGGGCGACUUGGAAAUGGCGAACAGUAUAUUGGAAGCAUUUAAUCAAUCUCAGACAUCAAUUGAACCUAAUGACUAUCGUCACUCAGAACUGUUAUUGUAUCAAAAUCAGAUACUUGUUGAGGCUGCUAAUUAUCAGCGUGCUUUGGAGCACUUGGUAAAGUAUGAAAAUCAAAUAGUGGACAAAUUGGCAAUUCAGGAGACCAUGGGAGAUUUAUAUAUUAAACUGGAACAACAUUCAAAAGCUGUACCUAUUUUUGAGGGGCUUAUACGACGAAAUCCAGAAAACACCUUUUAUUAUAGCCAAUAUUUUUUGGCCAAGGAAAUAUCCAGUCCUGAAGAUAAACUUGCAGUAUAUAAAAAAUUCCAAGAAAUUUACCCACGAGCCAUGUGCCCUAAACGUUUACCUUUGGACGACGUUACUGGUGAAGUGUUUCGUUUAGUAGUGGAUGAUUAUUUGAGGCGAGGCCUACGUAAGGGUGUACCGCCUUUAUUCGUGAAUGUACGUUCACUCCACUCUGACCCAGGAAAAACGAAAAUCAUUGAGGACCUUAUGUUGCAGUAUUAUGAGAAUUUGACGCGUUCGGGUCAUUUUUCACGUGAUGACGCUGAUAAGAAUCUGCCCGUAGAACCUGCAUCAGCCAUAGUGUGGACCAUGUUAUUUUUAGCACAGCACUAUGAUUAUAAGCGGGAAACGGACAAAGCACUGGAUUAUAUUAAUGCUGCCAUUGAGCAUACGCCUACACUAAUUGAAUUGUUCAUCGCAAAAGGACGUAUUUAUAAGCAUGCUGGCGAUCCGAUAGAAGCUUACAUUUGGCUGGACGAAGCUCAAAGCAUGGACACAGCCGACCGAUACAUAAAUUCGAAAUGUGCGAAAUAUAUGCUACGUGCAAAUUUAGUUAAAGAAGCUGAAGAGAUUUGCGGGAAAUUCACACGCGAAGGUGUGUCACCCAUGGAAAAUCUCAAUGAAAUGCAAUGUAUGUGGUUUCAAACGGAAUGUGCAUUAGCUUAUCAACGCAUGGAACGCUGGGGUGAUGCACUGAAAAAAUGCCAUGAAAUUGAUCGCCAUUUUUCUGAAAUCAUUGAAGAUCAAUUUGAUUUUCAUACGUAUUGCAUGCGUAAAAUGACAAUGCGGGCAUACGUGGGACUAUUACGUUUAGAAGAUGUGUUGAGGUGUCAUCCAUUUUAUUUCAAAGCGGCUAAAUGUGCCAUUGAGGUUUAUAUACGUUUGUACGAUAAACCGCUUAAAUCCGAAGAACGAAUUGAAGAAAUCGAUACUGAAAAUUUACCACCAUCUGAAUUGAAGAAACUGCGUAGCAAACAACGUAAAGCCAAAAAGAAAGCAGAACUGGAAAGUGCACAGGCGGCGCAAGCACAAAUUAAACGUGAACAGCACCAAAAAUCGAAACAGCAAGCCAAUCAAGACGCUGAUCCUGAAGCACCACAACUCGAUGAACUUAUACCUGAGAAGUUAGAACGACCUGAAGAUGCCCUUGAAAAAGCCAUUGAUUUUCUAAAACCGUUGCAACAAUUAGCCAAAGAUCGUAUUGAAACACAUUUGUUGGCAUUUGAAGUUUAUUCGCGUAAGAAUAAAAUUCUCUUAAUGAUACAAUCCAUAAAGCGCGCAUUGGCCCUCGAUGUCGAACAUCCUCAAGUCCAACGCUGUAUCUUACGUUUGAUUCAACUACUGCCACAAUUGACAAAUGAAUUGAAUGCUAGUGUGAGGGUUGUGGUUGACAAAGCUCUAAAAGGACUGGUAGGCACUAAAUCUGCCCAGCAAUUAAACAAUGAGUUAAUUGAUAACUUUGGCUUUUCUGUUAAACAUUUAUAUGAAUGUGCUCGUACUAUGUAUGAAUUGGAUGGUAAGAGACAAGAGGAGGCUAUUCAGUUGAUUAUCUCAUUUGAUGUAAAUAAACUGGAAUUGGAGGAUGCCACUAAAAUAUAUGAAUCGUUACGUACUGGUGAUUUUGGGAAAUGUGAAGAAGCGUUGAAGUCCUAUAAAGAAGUUUGUCAAAAACGCUUCAAAUAUGCCCGUCUGUUUUGUGAUAACGUCGAUAAUGCCACAACCGCCACCGCUACCACCAACGCGACCACCAUUAUCAAGGAAAAUGCAACUGAAAAUCAUGUAGAAAAUCAAGUAAGCUCUGAUUUGUAAUGUUGUCGUAAACAAAAAAACAACAGCAAUAAAAGCUACGAUAAUAACAAGAGUUACUACAGCAACUACCGCAGCAACCGCAAAUCAAUAACUAUCAGCAUAAUUAAAGAGAAACAAAACAGUAAUAAUAAAAAUACAGACUACUUGUGGACUAUAAAAACUUCAACACCAAAUUAGAGAAAAAAAUCAACAUAAUACAUAUAUGCACGAUCAUUAUCGUCUGGUGAAACUUAUUACAAAAGAAUAAUAAUAAUAACAAUAAUAAUAAUAACAAAUAAAUAAUUAAUAAAGAAAUGAUAAUAAAAGAAAACUAAUCUUAAAAAACAAAAAUAAAAAAAAAAAACUCGAAACUAAGUUUAAUUCUAACUGAAUAAAGUGCAAGUUUUACAAUAAGGAAAAUAGAUCACAACACAUUCAAAAGAUAUUCCUCUUAACUUGGCUAGUACUUCACAAAGAAGGCAUGUUUCAUUUUUGUCUUUUCUAUAAAUUUAUUAUUAAUUUUAUAUUCAAACCGUAUAUUUCAUUUGAUUGAUUGAUUGACACGUUAAAGGGACAUACAAGAACACAUACACAAACGCGCGCUUACACAAAUACCCCUAUUCACGUUAAACACGCCCACAUC